CUUCAGUUGCACUCAAAAAAGAAAAUCCAGGCACCGAUUUUUUCUCUCUAGUGAUUGAGGUUUUUUUGUUUUUGGUUAAUUUUGCUUUGAAUUUAAGGAUUUUCGUGCAGAGAUCUUGUGAGAUGGUUCUUGUAGCUGUUCAAAUUUUGAGCUCAAGGAAGUGUGGAUUAGGUCUGUUUAGUUGCUAGCAAAACUCGGUGCAGAAUCUCCAGAAAGGAGUAGUGAUCGGUUGUUUUAUUGAAGAGACAUGGCGCAGCAGAGUAAUUGGGAAGCAGAUAAGAUGCUUGAUGUAUAUAUUCAUGAUUAUUUGCUGAAGAGAAAAUUGCAUAAUUCUGCGAAAGCUUUUAUGGCGGAAGGGAAGGUUGCCACUGAUCCAGUAGCAAUUGAUGCACCUGGAGGAUUUCUGUUUGAAUGGUGGUCUGUUUUCUGGGAUAUUUUUAUAGCAAGGACCAAUGAAAAACAUUCUGAUGCUGCUGCGGCAUAUAUAGAGGCACAACAAAGUAAGACAAGGGAGCAACAACAGAUGCAAAUGCAGCAAUUGCAACUUAUGCAGCAUCGCAAUGCUCAGAUGCAGCGAAGGGAUCCUAGUCAUCCAGCUCUUUCUAGUUCUCUAAAUGCUAUGAACCCUGAAGGGAUGAUGGGGCAGCCAUCAGCCAGUGUAUUGGCUAUGAAAAUGUAUGAAGAACGUAUGAAACACCCUCACUCUAUGGACUCUGAGACAUCACCAGCUCUAAUUGAUGCCAAUAGGCUGUCCCUGCUUAAAUCACCAACUGUUCAACAAGGCCAGCUAGCACAGGGUAAUUCUGGGAACAUGUCGGCUUUGCAGCAAAUCCAGGCUCGAACUCCACUGAUAACUGACAUCAAAAGUGAGAUUAAUUUGGGCCCAACUCAGAAAAGUUUGCCUAUGGAUCCCUCAUCGAUCUGUGGACAAGCAAUUUUGCAAUCAAAGUCUGGUCUAGGUGGAGCAGGACUAAAUCAAGGUGUCACUGGUCUUCCUCCGUUGAAGGGCUGGCCACUAACUGGAAUCGAGCAUUUACGGCCAAGUUUGGGUGGACAAAUGCAGAAGCCUAAUCUGCAGACUCAAAAUCAGUUUCUUUUGGCUUCACAACAACAGCAGGUCAUGACACAGGCUCAAGCACAAGGCAACCUUGGAAAUUCAGCUAACUAUGGCGACUUGGAUCCACGAAGGCUAAAUCAGUUGCCUAGGAGUAGCUUGAAUGCAAAAGAUGGCCAAUCCACGAGAAAUGAUGGGUCUAUAUGUUCUCCAGUUCAAUCAAGUUCACCAAAGAUGAAGAUGACCCAGAUGCAGCACCCUUCAUCUCAACAGCAGGAGCAAUUGCAGCAGCAGCAGGUUGUAGUCGUUCAGAAGCUGCAGACUAACAGGAAAAGGAAGCAACACUCCUCUUCUGGACCUGCUAACAGCACCUGUACAGGAAAUACCGUGGGUCCAUCACCCAACUCUCCUCCAUCAACUCAUACCCCUGGUGAUGGAAUGCCAACAACCAGUAAUUUUCAGCAUGCUAAAAGUGUGCCAAAAAGCUUGAUGAUGUAUGGUCCAGAGGGGACAGGAAGUCUUGCAUCAUCUUCCAAUAUACUGGAAGACAUGGAUCGUUUUGGAGAUAUUGCUGCUCUAGAUGAUAGUAUGGAACAGUUUCUUGCACCCGAUGGAGAUGGAAGGGACUUGUAUGGAACAGUAAAGCAAAGUCUCAGUGAGAACCAAAAGGAGUCUUCUAAAGGUUUUACUUUUGGUGAGGUUGGCUGCAUACGGACAAGAAAUAGCAAGGUCACUUGCUGUCAUUUUUCUUCAGAUGGAAAGUUGCUGGCCAGUGCUGGACAUGACAAGAAGGUUGUCCUGUGGAACAUGGAUAACCUGCAAACAGAGAACACCACUGAAGAGCAUAAAUUAGUCAUCACAGAUGUUCGUUUUAGGCCAAAUUCGUCUCAGUUGGCUACAUCUUCAUGUGAUAAAUCUGUGCGAUUAUGGGAUGCAAACAAUCCGAGCUAUUGUUUGCAUGAGUAUACAGGGCAUAGUUCACCUAUCAUGUCUCUGGACUUCCACCCCAAGAAAACUGAUCUUUUCUGUUUUAGUGACUGUGACAACGAAAUUCGAUAUUGGAACAUCAAUCCAUUCGCAAGUGUUCGUGUCUCUAAGGGAGGCAAUGCACAAGUGAGAUUUCAAGCUAGAGUUGGACAUCUACUAGCUGCAGCAUCAGAUAAAGUGGUGACCAUCUUUGAUGUCGAAACUGAUAGGCAGAUUCACUCAUUCCAGGGGCAUUCUGAAAUGGUAAACUACAUAUGCUGGGAUUCAACUGGAGAUAUUUUGGCUUCGGUUAGUCAGAACUUGGUGAAGAUUUGGUCGAUGGCCUCAAGGGAGUGCAUUCAAGAGCUCAGUUCCAAUGGGAACCGGUUUCAUUCUUGUGUUUUCCAUCCAAGUUACUCCACUCUCUUGGUUAUUGGAGGAAUCUCAUCAUUGGAGCUAUGGAACAUGGCCGAGAAUAAGAGCAUGACAAUCCCGGGGCACGAGAACAUAAUCGCAGCCCUGGCACAGUCACCCGUCACUGGGAUGGUUGCUUCUGCAAGCCAUGACAGCACUGUCAAGUUAUGGAAAUAAAUCCAGAAUGUGGCCGCAUGGUGAUCAGUCGGUGCUGCUCUCACUUACAUGUAGAUCCUAAAGCUAGCAGUCACAUGGUGGUUAGAUCACUUGUAUAAUUUUUUUCUUUUCAACUGCUACACAGCAUAUAAGUGUUGCUUAUAGGAUGGUUUUUUUCAUCGUUAAAAGUAAUAGAGCACGAAGCAAGUAAUUAAGCUAGUAAACCUAAGAAAAUAGUUCUAGGAAAAAAAAAUCCCGAGAAAUGUUUUAUUCAUAGCUUAAUGAAUACAUAAAUAGGUAGCGCCUGAAUAUAAAUGAA